AAACGCUCAGCGGCCGUGGGCUAUGAUUGGCUAAAAACGUGACAAUCCUAAACGCAGAAGGCUGGUCUGUAGUUGUGGUGUGUGGAGUAUUUCGGUGAGAAGGCUGGUUGCUGGCAGCAGGCUGGCUGGAUGUCUGGUAUCAGAACGCUCCUGGGACUCGGGGUGUUGGUGACGACUCGCUGUGCACGAGGAGGCGGGGCUUAUGCCAGGAGUGGGGCGUGCCCUGCAUCCCGUGGGUGGAGCCAGUUGAACUGGGCGUGUCCUAAAGCUGGUAUCUCCACAAUGGAAACGACAAAACAACUUAAAUACCUCAGUCAGGAGGAAGCUCAGCACAUUGAUGAGGAGCUCUUCACUGAGUACCGCUUCAGUGUGGAUCAGCUGAUGGAGCUGGCCGGGCUGAGCUGUGCUGUUGCCAUUGCGAAGGGUUACCCCGCGGCCUCCUUCCCCAGACAGAGCCCCACGGUGCUGGUUCUGUGCGGCCCGGGGAACAACGGUGGGGACGGGCUGGUGUGCGCGCGGCACCUCAAACUCCUCGGCUACGAGCCCACCAUCGUGUACCCGAAACGCCCCAACAAGCCCCUGUUUGAGAACCUGACCACCCAGUGUGAGAAAAUGGGCAUUCCCUUCCUGCCUGAGCUUCCAACAGAGCCUGAGCUUAUCGACCAGGCCUACAACCUGGUGAUCGACGCCAUCUUCGGCUUCAGCUUCAAGGGGACGGUGCGGGAGCCCUUCGGCACUAUCCUGAGCACCCUGAAGAGGGCGACGGUGCCCAUCGCCAGCAUCGACAUCCCCUCAGGCUGGGAUGUGGAAGCAGGGAGCCCCGACGGGCUGCAGCCAGACAUGCUCAUCUCUCUCACUGCACCCAAGAAAGCUGCUCUGCUCUUCCGAGGACGCUACCACUACCUGGGGGGGCGCUUCGUCCCUGCUGCCCUGGAGCGCAAGUACCAGCUGAACCUGCCCCCCUACCCCGGCACAGAGUGCGUGCAGCGGCUGCUGUAGAGCAAGCACAGCCCCUGGGCUCGCACAGCUUCAUGACAAAGUGAACAGUGAGGUUUGCUGUAACUGACCCAUUGCGGGGGAUGGUAAUAUAAUAUUAAUUGAAUACGUUACUGCAGUCUUGACGCAGAGUGCUAGCACUAGGAAUUCUACAAACUUCAGUUAUUAAACACUUUUGUAGUUA